CAUACUUUCGAGUAACUCGUCAACUACGUUGAUAACAAAAUGUCUGGACGUGGUAAAGGAGGCAAAGUUAAGGCUAAGGCCAAGAGCCGUUCAUCUCGUGCUGGGCUUCAGUUCCCAGUGGGUCGUGUUCAUAGGCUGCUCAGGAAGGGAAACUAUGCCCAGCGUGUCGGCGCCGGCGCUCCCGUCUACCUGGCUGCAGUGCUCGAGUACUUGACCGCUGAGAUCCUGGAGUUGGCCGGCAACGCUGCCCGCGACAACAAGAAGACCAGGAUCAUCCCCCGUCACUUGCAGCUGGCUGUCCGCAACGACGAGGAGCUCAACAAGCUGCUCGGCGGAGUCACCAUCGCUCAGGGUGGUGUGCUGCCCAACAUCCAGGCUGUCCUGCUGCCCAAGAAGACCGAGAAGCCCGCCAAGGCCAAGUAAAAGCCUUCACCCGAAACAACACAAAAGGCUCUUUUAAGAGCCACCCACUUCAAACUAAAGGCUAACUCUCUUAUACACA